AUGGAGCCAAGGGGAAACUCUAACAGGAAGCAAUGGAGACAGAAGGGACACUCUAACAGGAAGCAAUGGAGCCAAGGGGAAACUCUAACAGGAAGCAAUGGAGACAGAGGGGACACUCUAACAGGAAGCAAUGGAGACAGAGGGGAAACUCCAACAGGAAGCAAUGGAGACAGAGGGGAAACUCUAACAGGAAGCAAUGGAGACAGAGGGGACACUCUAACAGGAAGCAAUGGAGACAAAGGGGACACUCUAACAGGAAGCAAUGGAGCCAAGGGGAAACUCCAACAGGAAGCAAUGGAGACAAAGGGGAAACUCUAA